AUGUCACAUACCUUAGUCAACCGCAACGUCGCAAUAAGCAGGGCGAGUUCCACCCCAGCGCCCCUCGCUCAGAGCCCCCCACAACCAAGGGCUCGGCAACGCCGCAUACCCCGAGUUCCACCCCAGUUCCACCCCCAGGCCUACCCUGCCGACACAGCACCCCGGGAAAACACCUUUCAGCCCCAAAACGCGCAAGAGAUCCCUGGGCAGGCCCUGAACCCCGACGCCACCGCGCACGCGGCCACACACGACUUCCCCGGCGCCACGAGCGUGGACGUCCACGCCGGGUUGGGGAAGCCUGUGCAAGGGCAGACAAGUGCCGAGAGGCACGGGGCGAACCUCGGUCGCCGCGACAAAGAGAGCGUGGGACUUGAGGGCGUUGGCACUUCUGGCAAGGAUAAUUUUAGGUAG